UGUGCCGGGCCCAUCAGAAGAGGAUUGCAAUAUUCCACUGCAAGUUUUUUGUGUCGUCUUGGCGCAGGUGAAGACAAUCUGGCGGAUCUUAGCAUAGUGAGUCCCUACACUGCCCGGGUUCUGAAGCCAUAUAUAAGGCGUGACUAUGAAACCAGACCUUACAGGCUGCAGCUGUUGUCUGAGAUCCGAGCACGGGCCCAUAGAAGUGAUCCUGACUUGGUGCCAGAACAAGCAUCGCCUAUAGACUAUUGCUAUGUCCGUCCUUGCCACAUUCCCACCAUUAACUCCAUAUGUCAGCAAUUUUUCUGGCCAGGCAUUGAUGUCUCCGAAUGUCUCCAGUAUCCAGAUUUCAGUGUGGUGGUUCUCUAUAAGAAGGUCAUCAUUGCCUUUGGCUUCAUGGUGCCCGAUGUGAAGUAUAAUGAGGCAUACAUUUCAUUUCUGUUUGUCCAUCCAGAGUGGAGACGAGCUGGAAUCGCCACAUUUAUGAUUUACCAUCUCAUACAGACCUGUAUGGGGAAGGACGUUACUCUACACGUGUCUGCAAACAACCCAGCAAUGUUGCUCUACCAGAAGUUUGGAUUCAAGACACAAGAGUACAUCCUUGAUUUCUAUGACAAGUACUUCCCCAUAGACAGCAAGGAGUGCAAACAUGCCUUCUUCCUGCGUCUGCGAAGGUGAU